AUGUUUAGUUUCGAUACACGAUCAACGCAUUGUAUUCUCGUUUCACCUAUAACUUGGGUAUUUGUAGUAAUUACAUUUGGGAUUAUCAUAGCCAUUGGUAUGACUAUUCAUGAAACUUUUGGACCAACUUCACACAGAAUACGUGAUUGGACUAAACAUAUAUUAAGAAAAGUAGAUCUUAUCGGCGAAGGGCAAUUAUGGAUUGGUGGUCUUGUGUCAGCUGCUGUCGUUGUUCUUAUCGUUACAGCUUACGUUUUCUCCAGUCAAUAUUUGCAUCGAUAUCCAAUUGAACUUGUCAAAGGCGACAGUUCAUUUGCCUGUGAUGUCGCAAUAAACAAUGCAAAGUUUAGUACAACAACACAAAUCAUACCCAAUACACGUAGUUCCAAAGAUAUUCAAGUAGUAUUUGAUAUGCUUAGUUCACAAUCAUUUACUCUCAAUAUUGAUUUUAUUCAAACAGCAAUCACUUGUAAUGAUUCGCUCAUGGUACAACGUUCCGUCGGUUAUACAUUCAAAAAUUUAACUAUAUUGAGUUGUCAGACUACUCACAAUGAUAGUAUUCUUUCGUUAGCUGUUCUAUUACCGUCUCACAGUGUCAAUGUUCAAUUAAUCUUACCAGGAGUAAAAACUAUUGGUGCAAUUCGUCUUGGAUUAAAUGGAUCAUCCGCUGUUAGCGCAGAUAGAAGGUAUACACUUAUGGAGCUGAAUUUUGCAUCAACAUUUAUUUCUUCUUCGCUCGAUCAAGUUCUUGCCUCAUCUACACUUUUUUCUCUUCAAUUGACUCAAAUUAUUAAUCGAACCGCUCCGUUGGAUAAUGGUGGUUCUGAUAUUUACAGUGCCAUUUGGUCAUCUUCGUUUAUUGUUGAUACAGACGAAUUAUUUUCUGAGGAAACUCGAUAUACUUUAUUUAAACGAACAUUUACAAAUAUAACUAUCAAUAUUGCUGAAUCAAUAUUCUACGUUAGUAAUGUACAAGAACCGAUUGCUCGACAAACAGAAAUUAUUUUUCAUAAUUUUCUAUUUACAAUCGUGGUUUUAGAACUAUUUGGUUUAUUAUUUCUUGUCAUUAAACUACUUCUUCUCCCCAUAUUUAACAGUAUAUACAAACGUGUCAAUUAUAUAUGGAACAGAAAUCGAGUUGAUGUAAUCAAACGUAAUUUAACCAAAGUGGUUGUUUACAAAGGUACUCCACCAAAGACUAACAAACCAAGUCCCGUAAGAAAACUUAGUCGAAGAUGGUCAUCUGUAAUCAGCACAGGGACAAUUUUUCGCAAAUAA